UGGAAUGAAUGGAUCGCGGUUUCCUCAUUACUCAAUUCGACUAAUUUUUUCAUGGAAAGAAAGUUUAUUAUUAUAGGUAUAAACAAUAUAGGCUAGAUAUUUAUUUUACACUGUAAUUGCAGGUUAUGUGUCUUUUGUUUUGUGUACCGCUGUAUUCAUGUGCAGUGCACUGUGUUGUAGUGGUGUGCCAGCUUUUAACAACAUAACUUAAAUAAUAAUGGAAAACAGUGAAGAAAAGAGCAAGAUUUGUCGAACCUCCCUGGAAUCACUUGUGAUAUUUGUCUCAAAUGAUGAACUCAAAUACAGGAAUAAGUAUCUGCCUGAUCCCAAACGGUUAUCAAAUGACAAGAUCGUCUGCACCGUGUGUUCCACCAAUCUAGCGCCUAGAGUUCGCAAGGGGAAGGAGAUCUACAUCCAUUCAAUACUGGGUGUUCUUUUAUGCAAGAAAUGCCAUAAUUUCUACGGAGACGGCAUUUUCUCCACAGACGAGGAUGGGGAAGACAAGUACUGCCGUUGGUGUGGACAGGGUGGUACGCUCUACCUCUGCUCAAAGUGCAACUGUGGUUUCUGCAAGAAAUGUAUGCAGAAGAACAUGAAAAACUCUGCUUUGGCAGAGAUAGAAAAGGAUGACUGGAAUUGUUUAAUCUGUGUUCCUAGACCUAUAUUUGGUUCUAGAGCUGUUUGUUGGGCCUCGCAAGAGCUGAAUAGUGAUGUCAGAAAAAAUGAACGGUUGAAACAUAGACUUGAGGAAGAGAAAUUAAAACAGAAUGCUGAAAAGAAAAUGCACGAAAUUGAACAAGACUUCAAAAGCACAGCCUUGGAGGGAGAUCGCAAAACCAAAAAGCGUGCACUUGACAGUGAAGACAGCGAUGGAUCUACAGUUUUCAUUCCUUCUAAAAAAAUGAAAAAAGAUACGAAAACUGCCAAAAGCUUAAAUGGGAGUGUUAAAAAACAUAGAAGGAAAGCUAUGUCUUCAGAGAGUGAAUCAUCUGAUAAUAACUUUGGCUUAAAAGUGGGAAAAAGUUAUACAAAAAGGCAAAAUGGACGUGAGUCUUCUAGAUCUGAAAGUGAUGUUACCUAUAGCUCUAAAGUAAGUAAAAGAAUAGCAAAAAGAAAACAUAAACCUAAAUCUUCUUCCUCUGAAUCCGAUCAUACUCACAGCUCAACAAAAGGAAAAAGGAGAACCAAAAGUCACAAAAAUACUAAAAAUAGUGAUUUGUCCAGCUCAGAAACUGAUGAUUUAGGUAGUUCAAAAGUCACAAAAAGAAAUUCAAAAAAGAAAAAGAAACCCGAAUCAUCCAGCUCUGAAGAAGAUAGCGAACCAAGCUCUUUAACAAAAAAACUGUAUAAGAAGAAAUCAAGAAAAGUAACUAAAACAUGUUCAGAUGAAUCAUCUGAUAGUGAUGCAGUUGCAAACAAAUCUAGGUCUACAAAAAAGAAACAUAUGAAAUAUUAUAAAACUAAAAUGAAAAAUAAACUGACAAAAAGAAAGAAAGAAAAAAGUUCAUCGGAUUUGUCUAGCAAUGAGGCGAAAGAAAAGUUAUUAAAAAAGAGAAAGAGAUCUCACAAACAAAAUUCAUCAAAUGAUUCAUCAUCUGAAGAUGAUAUUAAUGUAAAUAAACAUCAAGAAACUGUAUUAAAAGACAAUAUCAAAAAGUUAGUAAAUAACAGUCCACAAGCUGAUUCUAUGAGAAAAGAUUAUGAUAAAAUGGAGGCUGAUGAGACAAAACUGGACUCCACGGCCAGUCUCUCCUCAAAAACUGUGGAAACAAUAGAUCAACAGUUAAAAAUGAGUAUUACAGGAAAUACGCCUUUGGAAGAUAGGGAAUAUUCAUCCCUGAAAAAAUUGGAUGCGGAAGUUUGUAACAAUUCAAUAACUGUUGAAAAACAGAACAGUGAAAUCAAUAUCCAAGGGAAUGAAAAACUGACUACUUGCCAAAACACAACUGAACCAAAUAUCAAAUCAUUAGCUCAAGAAAAUUCAUUACAUAAUGAAGACGAAUAUACGUUAUCAUAUCACGGGUCAAGUUCACAUUCUGAUAAUCAAAUGCCUCUGAGUCAAGAAGAAGAAAUAAAGGUGAAAAUUGACCUGGCAAUCGAAUGGCUUGUUGGUGUAUCAAGUGACAUAGCAGAACUUGGGAGUUUAAUUGCCAGUCGUUCACAAACAUUUGGUAAAACCAAAGUAAAUUUAGAAAAAAUACAUUCAUAUGAAGAUGUGCUAUCAACUUCAGAAAAACUUAAGCAACUUUUUCUAAAUAUUCAUUGUAAUUAUAAACAAGUUGAAGACGGUUUAGAAGACAAAUUUAAAUCUUGGAAGAUAUUGGCUGGCUUAGAAACAUCUGAUUUAUAUGAUCAAGACUUUGAUGAUGGUGAAGUGCAAGCAGCUACGGAAACAAAUAAUGGUUGUGAAGAAACCGAACCUGGCAUAAACAGUGAAGUUGAUGAUCAAGACUUUGAUGAUGGUCAAAUGCAACCAGUUACAGAAACAAAUAAUGGUUGUGAAACCGAACCUGGCAUAAACACAGUGGAUGAUCAAGACCCUGAUGAUGGUAAAGUGCAACCAGUUACAGAAAAAAGUAAUGGUUGUGAAACCGAACCUGGCAUAAACACACUAGAUGAUCAAGACCCUGAUGAUGGUAAAAUGCAACCAGUUACAGAAAAAAGUAAUGGUUGUGAAACCGAACCUGGCAUAAACAAAAUAGAUGAUCAAGACUUUGACGAUGGUAAAGUGCAACCAGUUACAGAAACAAAUAAUAGUUGUGAAACAGAACCUGGCAUUAACAAUGAAGUGGAUGAGGUAAAACUACCAGAUAAAGACCAUCAUAUCGCAGAAAUCAAAGUUGAAACUGGAAUGUUUUCCGAGGUUAAAACUGAUAUGUGUUCUGAAAUUGAAACUGAAAUGAGCUCUGAAAUCAAAACUGAAAUAUGCUCUGAAAUUGAAAGUGAAGUAGGUCUUGUAGUUGAAACAGCCUUGCUUGCAUUGAAUAAAGACCAUACUGGUAAGCCCUUGUCAAAUGACGUUGAAGAAAAUAAUGUCAUACACAAUUGUUCAAUUAAAGAAGAAGUUUUGGAUAUUGUAGAAAAGGGAAAUCUUACGGAAGAAGGAGGGUGUGAACCAUUAGGAAAAGGUGAAACAUUAGAAGAGGCUGUUGAAGUGAAUCAAUCUUCACUCAUUCUAACGGAAGGAGAGCUUGAACCAUUAAUUAACAGCGAAAAAUUAGAAGAAUCAAACCAAUCUUUACUCAGUCACAAAUCAGAAAAGGAAGAAAACAUAUCAAAUAAUUUAAAAUCAAAGUUCCGGAGAAGCUGCUCAAAUCUGAUUUGGAAAGGUUUAUUGUCAUCUGACGAAGAAUCAUAUUUAAAUGAUGAAAUUUCUCAUAAUCAAAGUGAUGUUGAAAAAUCAACUGUUGAAGAAUCGCAAGAGGUGCAAGAAUCGCAAGAGUUGCACUUAGAUAAAGUACAGUCUGGUAAUAUUGAAAAAGAGCCAGUUGAUGAAAAAGAAGCUGCAAAUUUUGAAGCUCUACAAGAACUAUUGUACUCCAGCACAGAUCCAGAUAUUGGUAGUUCUGAGAAUGAUUCAGACGAUUCGUCAGACAUACAACUAGAUGACUCUGACCUGGAAAACAUUCUUAAGCCAAGGAAAGUCAUCACAAAAAAAUCCUCUAAAAAGAAAGGAUCCAAAGGAACAAAAGCCAAAUUACAUGAAAAAUUAGAAAGUGAAGAUGGUGAAGAAAUUGAAAAAGAAAAAGAAAAUGUUGAAGAAAAUCCUCAAGAAAAAAAAGUGGAAGAACCUAUAGACAGUGAAGCAGAAAUUGACAUGCUGACUGACCUAUCAAAGUUAAAGAAGAGGACAGUAGUAAGGAGAGUAGAGGAAGAAGUGAAUGGUGAUGAGAGUUCAUCUGAAGCUUCAGGAAGCAACGGGAGUCACGGUGAAGAAAGAAAAAAGCGUAAGAAAUACAAUACUGAGGUAAAGAAAAAGAGGGAGCAGGAGAGGAAUGAGCUAUUCGGAUUUUUAGAAGGAGACUCCAGUGCAGAAGAUGAAGUUGACAUAACCAAGAAUGACUUGGACCAAAUAGAAGACCAGUAUGCUUCUGGUAGCAGCGAGUCCAUGAGUAUGGAGACAUUCAGUCGUAAGAUGAAUGAGAGGUGGCGAGAACUGGAGAAACAGCAAGAUCAGCUGAACUUGCAGUUGCUGCUGGCCUCGGAGAGUGACCAAGGUUCUGUUGAUGGAGAUGAUUUAGUUUUGGAGUCAGAUGAAGACGAGAAGAAGAAAAAAGGUAAGAAAGCCAAAGAAGAUAAAAUAAAUAAAGCUGUAGAUGAGGCAAAAGAAGAAAAAGAAGACUUGGAGAAAGACGAUGUAGAGAAAGAUGACAACGAUAACGACAAUAAGGACGAAGAUGAAAAGGAGAAUGGUGACAACGACAAAGAUGAAAUUAAAGUUAAGGAAGAAGGAUCAGAGCUUGACCCAAAUUAUGAACAGUUUCUGGAGGGCUUGACUAAAACAAAAACAACAUUUGUCGGGCUUGGAUCAUCCUCAGACGAAGACAGAGACAAAGAAGAGAUUGAUAUUAAGGAGGAACUGCUAAGUGAAAUGGACACUGAAGUGAAGAAUGAGCCGAAAGACAGUGAUGACGAUGGUUCAUCAAAGAGUGAUUCUUCAGCAGAUUUAUUUUUGGACUUAACAAAAAAAAAGUCAGAUAAAAAAAAGAUUUGGCGACAACAUAAGCUGCUUCGGAUGAAACUUUCUGGCACAGACACAAGCGAUGAGGAGCGCUGGUGGAAGCGGCGGAUUGAAAGAAAGAAGAAGAAGAAAGAGGAGGGUGACAGUGAAAGCAGUGAAUUCGAUGAGUUCACCCACACACUCAGCAAAAAUAAAUCUAGAGAGAAAAAGGAAAAGAAAGAAAAUGGUUCCGAUAAGGAAAACAAGAAGUCGAAAAGGGAUAAGCGUAGAGAGAAAGAAACAGACGACGGAGCCAGUGGUUCUUCAACUUUGGAAAUAAGCUCAACCGAUUCUUCAGGUUCAGAUAUAUUUAAGAAGAAAAAGAAGAAGAAGAAUGAAUCUAGUGACAGUGAUGUAAUGAUUCUUUCUGACUCAGAGAAAAAGAAAAAAAAGAAGAAAAAGAAAGGUAAUCUUAGCGGAGAUUCUUCAGAUGAGUCAGGAGACAGUGAUAAUGAUGUUAUCGACAUCACUCAAAAGAGCUCGCAAGGCGAGUCCCCAGGCAAGGGUGGGCGCAAGAACAUCCGCAAGGUGUUGACCAAACACGAGCUGGCUGCGGCCACCAAGGCUGCGGCCAAGGAGGAGGAGGAGCGUAAGAAAAGGAUUGCGGCUCGCCAGAAACUGUUUAAUGAAAUGUUUGAGAUCAAGGAAGCUGAAAUUUUGGAGAAACUCGUUCUGGACUUUGAUCCUGACACUAAGACUGAACUGAUAUCCGUAGACAAGGAUCUAGUCACCAAAAUGAAACCUCACCAGGCUAAAGGAGUCAAGUUCAUGUGGGAUUCGUGUUUUGAGUCACUCAACCAGAUGAAGAGCAAGAAAGGUUCUGGAUGCAUCUUGGCCCAUUGUAUGGGUCUUGGGAAAACCUUCCAGGUGGUCUCCUUGGUGCAUACUAUCUUGACUCACAAAGACACCAAUGUCCGCACUGUGCUGGUAGUCUGUCCGCUGUCCACGGUGCUUAACUGGUACAAUGAGUUUGACAAGUGGCUGGAAGAUGUUGCGGGCGGACGUAACAUCAAGAUAUAUCACCUUACUAAGUUCAAGAAGGCCUAUGAAAGAUCCAAGCAGCUAUCCAUAUGGCAUCGGAAUGGUGGAGUGAUGAUCCUAGGAUAUGAGAUGUUCAGGAUACUAGCCAAUCCAAAUAGCAAAAAGUUUCGACUGAUGCAUACAGAGGUGUUCCAGAGUACUCUGAUCGACCCAGGUGCGGACUUGGUGGUGUGUGACGAAGGACAUAUGUUGAAGAAUGAGUCCACAUUGCUAUCCAAAGCAAUGAGCCGCAUCCGAACAUUGCGGAGAAUUGUUCUCACUGGCACACCAAUGCAGAACAAUCUCAAAGAAUAUCACUGUAUGGUGCAGUUUGUGAAGCCUAACCUUCUUGGUACAAGGAAAGAGUUCCUCAACCAGUUUGUCAACCCGAUCACCAACGGACAGUUUGUAGACUCAACGGAGGCUGAUGUGAAGGUGAUGAAACGCAGGUCACACGUGCUACAUAAGAUGUUGGAGGGAUUAGUUCAGAGGUGUGACUACAGUGUACUGACUCCUUUUUUGCCUCCAAAACAGGAGUAUGUCAUCUCCGUAAAGCUCUCCGAUAUACAGGUGAAGCUGUAUCAGUUCUACAUAGACUACUUCUGUCACAAGAACAGCGGUGACAAGCGCACGUCCGCUCAGCUGUUCCAGGACUGGCAAGUGCUGGGUCGUAUCUGGACACAUCCUCGCGUGGUCAAGAGCAGCACAGAGAAAGCUGAGAAGGAGAGACAGGAAUUGCCAGAAAGUGAGGACGAACAGAAGAAGAAGUUGCGGUCUCAAAAACCAAUCACAGAUUUUUUUAAGAAAACACAAGGUUCUUCAUCUUCAGAGUUAUCAAAACAAGAAUCCGAAGAUGAAGGAUCCGUAAAGAAUUUUAUCAAUGACAAAUCGUCAUCUUCUUCUUUGAGCUUGUCUUCAUCAUUAUCAUCAGAUGAUGAAAAUGGGAGGACAAAGGACAAAACGUCUAAAAAAGACAAGAAAAGUAAAAAAGACAAAAAAGAAACAGAGAAGAAAGAAGAAGUUCCUGUAAAAGAUCCCCUGGCUAUUCAACCUGUGGAUGAGAUCAACUUGAUUUCAUCGGAAGAAGAAGAUGUUGGUAAUGAAAAGGAAAAUAUCACGGAAGUGGAAGCAAAUAUUAAUAUUGAAGAAAACAAUGAGGAUGAAAACAAAGAUGAUAGUGGGAUUGAUGAUCAAGAUGGGAAAAAUGACGAUCCAAAUGCCGAGGAAAAACCCACUGAAAGUGACACAGAAGCCAAUAAAGAGAGCAAAGACGGAGAGGAGGAAACUAAAGAGGUGGAAAAUGAAGAGGAGAAAAGGGGAGAAAAUGAGGAGGAGAAAAGUGAAAAGGAGAAAAAGUUUGAAGGGCCACAGCUGGAUAGACGAGGACGCUGGUGGAAAGAUAUCAUUGAACCUCAACAUCUUGAGGAUAUAAAUGCGAGUUCUAAGCUUAUUCUGCUGUUUGCAAUUUUACGAGAGUGUGAGAUGAUUGAAGACAAAGUGCUGGUGUUUAGUCAGUCGCUGUUCUCUCUGGAUCUGAUUGAGUACUUCCUAGAGAAAGUGGACCAAGCAACUGAGGAGAACAGACUAGACGAGAGUCUAGGUAACCACGCAGGCUGCUGGCAGAAAGGUCUUGACUACUUCCGACUGGACGGGUCAUCAUCCUCGGAGAACCGCAGUGCUUGGUGCAAGAGCUUCAACAGGGAGGACAAUCCUAGGGCUCGAUUGUUUCUUAUCUCCACGAGAGCUGGAGGUCUCGGCAUCAACUUGACCGGAGCAAACAGGGUUGUUAUCUUCGACGCAUCCUGGAACCCUUCCCACGACAUACAGAGUAUCUUCAGGAUCUACCGGUUUGGACAAAAGAAACCUUGCUAUGUCUACAGAUUCGUGGCCCACGGCACAAUGGAAGAGAAGGUGUAUGAACGGCAAGUGGCCAAGCAGCUUUUGUCCAGCCGAGUGGUGGACGAGCAACAAGUGCAACGUCACUUUUCCAUGAGCGAUCUCAAUGAGCUGUACACAUUCACACCUCCGCAAGACAAGGCUGACAAACCCACACCUGUGCUGCCUAAGGAUAGACUUAUGGCUGAACUGCUCACACAGUACAGCGACUGGAUUGAGAAGUACCACGAGCACGACUCUCUCCUGGAGAACAUUGCUGAGGAGGAGCUGAAUGAGGAAGAACGCAAGUUGGCCUGGGAGGAUUAUGAGAAUGAGAAGAAGAGAGAAUUUAUGCCUCAAACUCCAGGCGCUGGUUCUGUCAACUUCUCAUCAAUGAAUAUGAUGCAAAUCGAGCAAUUCCGCAGGUCACUGAAACUCAAGUUCCCCAACUCCUCUGAAAGUGAGAUAAACAACAUGCUGAAAACUCUGUUAUACCAAGUGAACGGCUUUCCACGACAACAGACUCAACAACAACAGGUACAACAACCUGUGGCCGGACCUUCCAAUCAAAACCCGAACUUGAGAACAAUGCUCAACUCUAAUACAGAUCAACUUUCCCAAAUGCUUCAAAACGUGACCCAGUUCCAGUCGAGAACAGCAAACCAACCGAGAGUAAAUCCCAGCCAAAUGAAUCAGCAGAAUAUUGUCAACCGGCCAGUGAAUCAAGCAAUGAUCGGGAACGGUCAGAUAAGAAAAACUAACAAGACAAGUCAGGAAACAUACAUGGAUCAAAUGAGGAGGCAACAAGAGGCUAAUUUGGCUCGGAUCCAGAGUCAGAGGAAGUUUCAGCAGCAAGCAAUGCAGCAAGGGACGCAGCAAAGGAUGCAGCAAGGAACCCAGCUAAGAAUGCAGCCAUUGUCACAACAAAGGACGCAGCAAUCGUCACAGCAAAGGGCGCAGCAAUUGUCACAGCAAAGGGUGCAGCAAUUAUCUCAGCAAAGGAUGCGUCAAUUGUCACAGCAAAGGACGCAGCAACUGUCACAGCAAAGGAUGCAGCAAGGGCCAAAUCAAAGGAUUAAACUAGCAAUGCCACCAGUCCCACAACCAAUACAGCAAAGAAACGUCAUGAGAAAACCAGAAAACAGGGGAAUGCAAAGGACAUACAGCAGACAACAACCACAAUUAAAUCCAGGGCAGCAGACACAAAACCCUUGGUCGUUGAGAGCGCCAGCAACCAGCCGAGUUAACCCACCAAUGGUGAUCUCAAACCGAUUGCAGCAGAUGCAAAACCGAAAAGACAAUGCUAUCAAAGUAGUCAGUAGCCGACAACAGCCACAAGUUAGUCGUGUUACUCAACCUGGUAAUAGAAAUGCACAACAAACUCAAUUGAAAACUCCGCAGCAGAAAAUUAAUUAUCAGAUGCAGGCGAUGCAGCAACGGGUUAAGCAAAUGCAGCAGCAGAAGCAGCGAACUCAGCAGCAGGAUACACAGUCGAAGCAAAAAACUGGUUCGCUUGACCCAGUACAGCAAAGGCAACUAGAGGAGAUGAAGAAACGUUACACUGCAUCUAGAAUGAAGCAAAUGAGUGGAGCUGCUAGAGAACCAAUCAGUAUUGUGGAGAUUGAUGAUGAGCCUGGCACGUAAUUAAGAGGACAUCUUAACGUGAGUUUCCCUUGAGUUGGCUGAAGAUGAAGAGUUGCCACCAUCUGAUCUGUGUACAGCUGUAUUAUAUUCUAAGACUGUUUCUAGUUUAAUUUUGACCAAUGUUUAGACUAAACCCGUCCUCCUAAUUUGCUCUUAAGUAAAAAAUACUAGAUUUAGUAGAUAAGUAUUUGAGGCUUUACUACUUUAUUUCUUAAAUAUAACCUACAUCAAUCCACUGUUGUAGGUAAAAAAACCCCAAUGACAACUUGUUAUUUGGUUCGGUCAAUUAUUUUUUUUUACUGUUAACCAUUUAACCUAACACUCUUUUACAGUUACAUUUUAAUAACCAAACAAAUCUGUUCAGUUAUAUUCUUUAAGCUUUAAGUUCACAAAAUAAUUAUUAUUAAACUGCUCAAGAUUAUGUUAUCUUGGAUAAAAAUUUGGCACAAACCCUUAAAGUUUAAGUUGGAACUGUAUGUGUAUAUAUGUUUUAUAGCCUGUUGAUAGUAGUUUUUCUUUUGCAUCUAGCUAAGAUAAAUAGAUAUUUUCAUUCCUACAUUGUUCUUGGAAGUAAAGCAUGUAUGUAUUCUAUCCGUGUAAAUAUGUUUGUAUAAUGCUAUAAAUUUGUCUAUGCCAAUUGUAAAUUGUUUAUAUAUUUUGAGGUUUAAUUGCAAUAUUUUUUAUUAAUAUUUGUUUGUAUUGCUACAGGUUGAAAGUUCUUGCAUUUCUUUUAGUUACUCCAUGGUAAACACUUGACUAAAACUUGCAUGUUAAGUUUUGUUAUUAUUUUAUAUGAAAAAUUGGGCUUUAAGAAAUUGAUUUUAAGUUAUUCAUUUUCAAUGUUGUCUUCAGAAUAAGUAGCCAUUAUCUGUAAAUGGACUUAGUUACUUAGUUACAUGUGCAUUUCUGUGAACAACUUUUGAACAUACAAGAAUAAUUGUUAAAUGCUAUUUGCUGGUUCAAUGAUUGUUAUUCAAAAUUUCUGUGAAUUAAUAAAAACCAUUAUUUUGA